GGCAAUUUCACUUUAGUUUAUCCAAAGACAACAUAACCUUUUCUUCUUGAAAAGCCAAGCUCUGUCAAGCUAAGGCGUUAAAAUGACGAACUCCAAGGGUUACCGUCGUGGUACAAGGGACUUGUUCGCCCGCAGGUUCCGCACACAUGGAACUAUUCCGCUUUCCACGUACAUGAAAGUGUACAAAGUCGGCGAUAUCGUUGACAUUAGGGGUAAUGGUGCAGUCCAGAAGGGUAUGCCUCACAAAGUGUACCACGGAAAAACUGGCCGUGUAUACAAUGUAACAGCCCAUGCACUUGGAGUAAUUGUAAACAAGAGGGUGCGCGGAAGAAUCAUCCCCAAGAGGAUCAACAUUCGCAUUGAGCACGUCAAGCACUCCAAGUGCCGUGAGGACUUCCUCAAGCGUGUCAAGGAAAACGAGAGGCUACUCAAAGAGGCCAAGGAAGCCGGCAAAGUCGUCAACCUCAAGAGACAGCCACAGCCACCAAGAGCAGCACAUAUUGUUAAAGGCACUGAGAAGCCAGUCUUACUUGCUCCAAUCCCCUACGAGUUUGUAGCUUAAAGUGAAAUAUAUUAUUUUUAAGUA